AUGUCGGCAUCACUCGUCACCGGUGGCACGGGCUUCGUCGGAAUCUACGUGAUUAAGCUACUCCUCGAACGAGGCCACCUAGUUCACACCACCGUUCGCUCACUCAAAAGCGAAAGAAAAUGCAAGCCGCUCUUGGACCUCCAGAAUCAGUUUCCUGGCCGCCUCCGCUUGUUUGAGGCCGACUUGAUGAAGAAAGGCUCUUUCGCCGAGGCCAUGAAGGGCUGUCAGGUUGUUUAUCACGUCGCAUCACCCUUCCUCCUACCCGACCAGAUCAAAGAUGGCCUUAAAGACUGCGUUGAGCCGGCACUCCAGGGGACCAAAAACGUAUUGGACUCUGUCAACCAGACGGAGAGUGUCCAACGCGUUGUUCUCACCUCGUCUGGUAAGUUCAGUGAUCAGCAGCCUCCAUGUUCCUGUCCCCCUGUCUUGGCCAAUGAUCUAACACGUCUUCCCUCAGUCUCCGCCACGUAUGGCGACAAUGCCGAUGUGCUCAAAGCCCCCAAGCAAAUCCUCACCGAGUCGUGCUGGAACGAGAGCAGCAGCGUCACCCACUAUCCAUAUGCCUACUCCAAGUUGGUGGCUGAGCGUGAGGCUUGGAAGAUGCAUGACCUUCAGGGCCGCUGGUCCCUUGUGGUGAUCAAUCCGGGCCUGGUCGUGGGUCCAUCACUGACUCCAGAGUCAAUCUCAGGCAGCCUGCACAUGCUGGAGGCCAUGUACCGCGGCGACAACCGCAUGGGCGUUGCCGACCUCUCGUACCCCGUUGCCGACGUGCGGGAAGUUGCCCAAGCCCAUGUCAAGGCGGGAGAGGACACAAGUGUCAAGGGGCGAUUCAUUGUCUCAGGCGACCGUACCAUCUCGCUGCUAGAAAUGGCCAACUUCGUGCGCCCUGUGCAUAAGAACCCCAAGGUGCUGCCGAGCCGGAACCUCCCAAGGCUGAUGGUCUACGCCGCUGGCCCCUUUAUUGGCAUUACGAAGAAGUGGUCCGCCGCAAAUCUUAGCACACCUUUCAAGGUCGACAACGGGAGAAGCAUCCGGGAGUUGGGCCUCAAGUACCGCCCAGUCGAGGAGAGCUUUCAAGCUCACUACAAGUCUUGGGAGCAGGCGAAGGCGUGA